GCGAGGCGACGCGCGGCGGGAGCCGUUCCCCGACGGCAGCCGGGCGCUCGGCCGCCGUGUCUGGGCUGAGCGCCGCGACGCCGCGCCGGAAACCCUCCUGGGUCUUGAGGCGGUAGGUGAGGGGAGGCCGCCCGCACAGCCGGGGCACCGGGUGGGCUGCGGGCACCGCGGGGGAGCGGGCAGGAGGGGCGGAGGCAGGGAAGCCUCGGCUGCCUCUCUCUUGCCCGCUCGCCCGCAGGUGCCCACCAGUGCCCGCCACUGAGACUGUCCCCACUGACGCCACGCACACCUGUUGCCUGGGCAGCUUGUCUCAGCGAAGCCUUAAAUUGUGUCUUUUACUGAAAGAUGCUCAAAAAAGAAAAACAACGAACCAAACCAAACCCCUCUUUUAGCCCCCCUCUCCAGGCUUUUUAGAGAAGUAUGGAACCUCAAGGUCUUUAUGACAAUGGAAACAAAAAAAUUGAUUGGCAAACCGCUUCAACCAGCAAGACCUGUUCGUCAUCUCUCUUCUCCUCCAGGACCAGUGUUCCCUUUCAACUUUCAGAAUGAAUAUCCAUGCAACACUCAGUGCUUACAAAGUGGAGUUGGCAGAUGUAAGACGAAUGGAAUGCAAGCCUUUUCUCAAGGUCUCAAUGAGCAGCAGCAACACCAGUCUCCAGUUAAAAAAGAGAGAAUUAAAUACAGCAGAGAUUUCUUGUUGAAGCUUUCAAGUGUUUCCAUCUGCAGAAAAAAACCAGACUUUCUGCCUGAUCAUCCCAUUGUACUUCAGAAACCAGAAAACAACCAAAGUUUUAAGUAGCAUUUUAAGAACAGAUGAAUUUGAAGAUAAAGAAUUAUUCAUUUUAUAUUUUGGACACCUGCCAAUGAAGUGGACCUAGUAACAAUAACUAAUGGACUGUGACGAUUCAAUUUAUUUUUACUUUUGAUGGUUGGCUAUUUGGCUUCUCAUAAAAGGAGAAAGAGAUAUUUUAAAGUAUAAAGAAUUUUUCUAAUCAGUUUCAGCUUUGCAGGCAGCUCCUGCAAAAAUUGGGAAGGAACACUCGAAAGUAGGGAUGUUGUUGGCGAAGUGGGAAGACUGUAUUAUAAUUUGCAUGCUACUUGCAAUUCUUGUUUUUCACCACUUGUAAUAAUGGAAUGGAAAUGUAAGCUGUAAAGAUUCUCAAAUAUAAAAUAUUUGCUACGAUGUA